CAAAACUUACUUCUCCUGCUACUGCUACAUAGUGGACCUCCUGGAUUUGCUCGAUAAGCACUGUCGGCAACUUGAUCCUCUCUUAUCAACAUCAAAGGAGUGAAAUCACCAAACUCAUCCACGCUUCUGUCACUUUCACUUUGUUAGACGCAUCUAGUAAUGGUAAUGGAAGAGAGCCCCAUGCAUAGCCCUCACGUCGUGGGCAGAGAAUUCGUUCGCCAGUACUACACGCUGCUUCACCAGGCGCCAAUGCACUUGCACCGCUUCUACAAUGAGAACUCGUCAUUCAUUCAUGGUGGUUUGGACAACAAGAGCGGAGAGCAGUCGGUAGUUGGUCAGCGGCAAAUUCAUCAGCUCAUUUCGCAAUUGGGCUUUAACAACUGCCACGCCAAGAUCCAGCAGGUGGACGCCCAGGGCACCCUUGGCAACGGCGUCGUGGUGCAGGUGACUGGUGAGCUGUCCAACGAUAGCGAGCCCAUGCGGCGUUUCACCCAGACCUUCGUGCUGGCGCAGCAGUCCCCGAAGAAGUACUACGUGCACAACGAUAUCUUUCGCUACCAGGAUGAGAUGGUGAAUGACGAUGACCCCGGGAACUACCACAACGAGUCGGAGGCGGACCUGGCUGGCAAGGAGGUGCCGGUCAUUACGCAGCCCAACAUUAUCGACUACUACAACGACGCACAGCCCGCUACUGUGACCACCAUACCUAUUGUCCGUCCAGGGCAGGGCAACAUCCAUAUGCCCGUCAUCGAGGUCGCAGGUACGCAGCCUGGUGUGCAGAUUGCUCCGCCUAGUGUGCAGAUGGCGCAGCCUGGCGUACAAGUGACUCAGGUCAUCGUGGCGCCAACCACCACCCCAACUGUCAUGGAGCAGGCGCCUCCCAUGCCUGUUCAGCAGCAGCAGCAGCAGCUGCCGAUGGUCACUCCUAUCGUGUCGGAGGUCAAGGAGAUUGUUGCUCCGCUGGUUGAGCCCAAGAUCGAAGAGGCUGCUCCAGCACCGCAACAGCCAAAGCAGCCGCAGGUGGUUGCCGUUGUUGAGGAGAACAAAGAGCUCAAGACGUUCGCAAGCAUGUUCAAGAAGGGUGGACCUAGCGGCCCGCAACAGCCGCCACCGCCGCAACGCGUUAGAUCGCCCCCUGUGCAGGUUGCUGAGCAUGCGCCGAAGUCAACUUCUCCACCGUCAAGCCAGCAUGGACAUGGUCUGCCUCCACGUCAGGGUAUGAACAAGCAGGGCAUGGGCAACAAGCCCGGCCGCGGACCCAUGAGGGGCAGUGAUGGCGAGAAGCGUGAGAGCAUGGGCCGCGAUCGCGAACCUGGCCAGGACGACCGUCGCCGGUCUGUCGGAGGACCCAAUGGCCCGAGACACCCAGACAGCCACCAGGUGUUUGUCGGCAACAUCCCCAUUGUCGCUCAGGAGGCCGACGUGAAAAAUGUUUUCUGCAAAUUUGGCAAUGUUGUCGACGUACGCAUUAUCAACUCGAAGGUCGUUCCCGGAAAAGUCUUCCCCAAAUACGGAUUUGUUGUCUUCAGCGACGCCGAGGCAGCCCAGAACUGUCUCCGCUCCAAGCCAAUCAUGAUGCCUGGCGAAUCACCGCAGAACCUCAACGUUGAGGAGAAGCGUCCAAGAUACCCUGCCAACGGAGGCAACAAUGACCGUGGCAACAUGGGCGGCAGCAACAGAGGUGGCCGUGGACAGAGAAACAACUACGACCGAGCUGAUCGAUAAAGUGGUUCCACCGUAGGAGUAAAAAGGAGAGCCAGCCAGUAGCUGCUGGGGAAUAAACAAACAGCAGAAUGAACACUUCUCCCAUACACCCAGGUUAAAAAACUUUCCUAAAAGUGCCCUAAGUUAAAUGGUUAAAAGAGAGCUGAGCUGCCAAGUUGCGAUUAAUUUAUUGAAGUGAACUGAGGAAGUGCGUGCCCUGGUGGCAAGCAAUCGCUCACGGGCUGCUCGAGAUGCUUGGUUGUGCGAAAAAUAAUUCUCUUAAUUUGUGGCACCGGAGCCCUCAACUAAUUUCACCAACAAUUCAAUAAUGGGUGAUUUUCAUUACUUAAAUAAAUAAGAGGGUCUAAUGUGAUUUCAAUAUUGAAAAUCGUUUAAUCAUUGAUUGGUGCUUAGGCAGCGCUGCUUGCUAGAGAAAAAAAAGAUCAAUUUGUGUAUCUAGUUUUAUGAAUGAAGCAAAAACGCUUUGAACUCUGCAAGUGGUGCGCUUUGUUGAUGAAACUUAAUUAUUGUUGUUCUUCUUCUGUCCAAUCGCCUAAUUUUCAUCCAUUGAAAUUGCCAUCUGAAAAUAAGACUUGAUACAGAAGUCAAGCCAAAUUACAGAAACAAUGUUUCAAAGACAUCAUGCUCAAAUCGACCUAAACUAGUAGACAACUGAUUUGGUUAUUAGCUCGCGCUUCGCAUAUUCCCCAUCACGCCAUGCUUUUCCCCUUACUGCAUUGAAACCCGCUCUGUAGUUUGACUUGAUGCCACUUGGUAAUGGUAUCUUAUCACCUGGAACAUGGAAACCUAAUUAAAUUCUUUGACAUCGGUGAAUUAUUAAAUUCUCGCGUUAUUAUAAUGCAGCUUGAAAACAAUUAUUUCUAAUUAAUCUUUUUGUUCUCUCAUUGUUCAAUUUGAAAUGAAAAGAGGAGAUAUACUCGUCGUAGGCGCAUGUCAGCCCAGAAACCUUUGCAGAGUAUUUGAUGGUUUAGUCAGUCAAAUCCUAUAGUUUUCGACUGCGCCUUCUUGCUUUCUUAACCAUCUUUUGGCCUCAUAAUUUUCCAUUCUAUAAUCUUUUAAUUAUUAUUUUUGUAUCUCGCUGCAAUAGUUAUCAAAAGAAACGUAAAAUUUGUACGAUGUAGUAAUAAUUUUUGUGAGUUUGCAUCACCACAACUCAUCCAUGACUGUUUUUUUUCUAAUAAUGAGAUAAGUUUAAAUCAAUUUGUAGAGAUGUGUACUCAAAUUCCGAUUCAAUUUGUAUUAUUUUUUCUGAAAUGAGGAAAUAAAAUAUAUGUGAGAGAAAA